UGGCCUCAGUCAUCUCUGACUGCUCUCAUCUCACCCCUCACUUGGCUCGCUGGCUUCGAGAUGCUCUCCUCUCAGCUCUUCUGCCUCCUGGGGCUGCUGGCCACGGGGGCCCUGGCCUGGAACACCUCCCCCACACCGGGACAGAGCUUCCACAGCCCGCUGCCAGGCACCCGGGACCUCAGGGAGCAGUUCAAGGCCUUUCAGAUCCAGUACAACAAGAGCUACCCUGAUGCAGCAGAACGAGAACGCCGCUUUAAGAUCUUUGCUGACAACCUGGCUCAAGCCCAGCAGCUGACGGAGGAGCACCAGGGUUUGGCCCAGUUCGGAGUGACCCAGUUCAGUGACCUCACAGAGGAGGAAUUUCGCCGGCUUUACCAACCAUCCCGGCCCGAUUACUCGGGUCUCAGAGUGAAGACGGGAGGAUACCCAAGACUGCAGAGGCCGAAGGCGCGUUCCUGUGACUGGAGGAAGGCGAGAGUCCUGACUCCCGUGAGAGAUCAGAAAAACUGCAACAGCUGUUGGGCCAUUUCCGCCGUGGGCAACGUUGAAGCCUUGUGGGCCAUCAAGUACCAGCAGCUCUUUGAGCUCUCUGUGCAAGAGCUGCUGGACUGCCGCCAGUGUGGAAAAGGCUGUGAGGGCGGCUUCGUCUGGGACGCCUACAUGACCAUCCUCAACCAAAGUGGCCUGGCCGAGGAGCAGGAUUACCCCUACAGACCCCAGCUCUCCAAGAGCUGCCAAAACAAAGAAAAAAGGGCCUGGAUCCAUGACUUCCUGAUGCUGAAACAGGAGGAGAACCACAUGGCCCAGUAUGUGGCAGAAAAUGGACCCAUCACUGUGACCAUCAACUCGAGACUCUUAGGGAGUUACAGAAAAGGGGUGAUCAAACCAGGGAGCAACUGUGACCCCGAGUACUUGGACCACGUGGUGCUGCUGGUGGGCUUUGGCCAAACAGUCCACAACUUUACCUAUUGGAUCCUCAAGAACUCCUGGGGCAGCAGCUGGGGAGAAAAGGGCUAUUUCCGGCUGCAUCGGGGAAGCAACGCCUGCGGCAUCACAAAGUACCCCCUGACGGCUCUGGUGCGAGGACAGAACGACCCCAUGCGCUGCCCCAGCUGAAGACUCCCUCGAGUCCUUCCCCCCCCAACGCUCAUGGCCUACAAGGCAUCCUGUACUUGCACUCAAUAAAGCCCCUGGUUCACGGC